GUGAAAUUCGUGUCUUCCUCUAUUUCAAUCUCUGUCUUCGUGCGAGUUUACGUGAGAGAAUAGUUUUCAUGAUCCCGAGCGAGGCGCUAGCUGAUGGCGAUAAAGCCUCUACAGAAAACAGCAAAAAACGGAAGCUUAAGACUCCUAUCCAAGUUAUGGCGCUUGAGAAUUUUUACAAUGAGCAUAAGUAUCCGACCGAAGAAAUGAAGGGUAAGUUAGCAGGGGAAAUAGGAUUAACUGAGAAGCAAGUUUCAGGUUGGUUCUGCCAUAGAAGGUUAAAAGACAAACGUCAUGUAAAAGAAGAUGGGAACGCCAUCGGGAGCCAAGAUCGGUCAAGUGUUGUUCUUCAGGAUCGUGGAAGCGGGCUUCGACAGGAUUCAUGUGGUAGCACAAAGCAAACGGAUUACUGGAACCCCAAGCCUAGGGAAGUUGAAAGUCAAAGGCUUUAUGGGGGCUCUUACAUGGGAAAUGCUGAUGGUGAAGAUAGUACAUCUUCUGAUCGUAGCUCAUCAUUACAUAAGAAUCUUGUCUCUAGCAAAGAUGGAAUCCGCGAUGUGGAAAGUUCUAGAUAUGUUGCACAUAAAGACGUUAUCCAGCAUCCUCAGGUCAUGAGAAGCUAUGGGUAUAAUAAGCCUUCGGGAUACUUGAAAGUGAAGGGAGAGAGUGAGAAUUUUGCUAUCACUGCCGUAAAGAGACAAUUAGGAAGACAAUACCAAGAGGAUGGUCCACCUCUGGGGGUUGAAUUUGAUCCUCUUCCUCCCGGUGCAUUUGAGCCUCAGACUAAUGCUAUAGUUCAAGAGCCAAUCUAUGUUGGGAAUCAAAGACGGUCUCAUCCUCCACAUUUACUUGGAACUAGGAAGAGCUUUAAUCCUGGUCCUAGCUAUGAAUUAGCUCGUAAAUCAAAGAUGCAUUCGCCAGAUCCAGAUUCAGAGGAUGAUGAUGAUGAUGAUGAUGACAUAAUGGUUGGAAUGGAGCCUGGUCUAAGAGAUAAAAAGAGUCUUGGGGAACCAAGACUGAAAUCCCCUUCUCCCAGUUUCUAUAAUUCUGUCCCUCACCACAAAUCGUUUAAAGAGACAUUAAAAGGUUCACCAAGAGAAAUCCCUGUAACUAACAGCAAGAAUGGUCGGAUAAGCUCCAAAAGUUGGGCUGAAGGUUCGAGAAACAAUAUGAUUGCCAACUUCCAUAAUCUUUCUGGAAGCAACAUUGAAACCAAUCAGUCUCAUGAUUAUGAUAAACAUAUAUUAAAUGGCGGACGCAAGACCGGAUAUCUCACUAAAUCUUCGAAGCUGUUGCCUCCGAGUAGAAGCCGAUCCCCUGACUCAAUGGAUAGAGGUCCAUCUUCUGGGAUGGCGGGAAAGUAUCACGGAGAGAGGAAUCAAAUGAAAUCGCAUAGAGAGAAAUUGCAUUCGACUGAUGAACCACCGGUUGCCAAACGAGUGAAACAUGGGUAUAUUCAGCAAGUUUAUGCACCAAAAUCAUCAUACAGCGAGAUUCUUGAACGAAAAAGCCAGAUAAAUCGGUCUGGUGUAGAAUUGCCCUCUAGUAUAAGCGGGGACGAUGAGACAGACGAAUCUAGCUCUUCUUCUAUGGACUAAGCAAAGAUACAAAGGAAGAUUAGGAAAUUCCGGUUUGUAUAGAUAUGAUGAAACCGGUUUAGGAUGUGAAAAAAGUGUUACAUCGUGU